UAUUUGCUUCACCUCAGAAGGUGGUGCAGUUGGGACAUGUUACGCACGCAUGCGUAAUGAUUGAGAAUGGGUAGUGUUGAGAGAAGUAUUUCAUGGUUCUUAAUUCCCACGACUCGCAUCAUUAAACGCAGCCAAAGUGAAAAGUCAUCUAUUCGGCGGGAAACAGUAGAACAACGGACUAGAACGUGCUAGAACGUAGUAAAACGUAGCGAAGAGGGGCAAGCGUUAUUGUGCGUGAUCGUCAAGAUUUGGAACUUUUUUGCGAAAGCUCUCUGUUUCGAUAAGAAAUUGAUAGACUCUUACGGCCGUGCUGAUAAUAAUAAACCGCAAUCAUGUACAAUUUAACGGAAGGAGCAUUGGAGAAAACCAUUCGAGCGGACUUCAGCAAAGACAAACACGUUAUGUACAUAUUGGAUAUUGAAGUAUUGGUUUCUGGCGAUCAAGUCGGAAACAAAAUAGGUAAUCCGACUAAAAUAGAAAUGAAGCCAGAGCUUUAAUCUACGUCUACGUCUACGUCUACAUCUACAUCUAAGGCCACAACUGCACAUUACCAAAAUGGUUCAAUCAGAAAUGGUACUUCAAAUAAUCAAGCCUCUUCUGACAUAUACACUACGCCAAUCGCAGCAUUAAGCCCUUACCAAAACAAGUGAGAGAGAGAGAGAGAG